CCUUCGCGGGAGAUGUGACGUAUACUCAUUCACAGAACACAUGAGCAGAACACUUGCUUGCUUUUGUUGUAAAAAAUGUUGUUAUCGUAUAAGUUUAGGAGGAAAAUGCAUUCUCGUCACUAAUGUUUUUUUUAACAUUUAAAAUUUUAACAACCAAAUUGCUAAAUUAGUAUUGAAGUACACGUGCUGAAAAAAUGUCCGUAAGCGGGAAACAAUAUGAAAAUACAACACAAAUGUCAAAAAUUCUACCAGCUUCAAAUAUCUAUCGAGUAGGAGACUAUGUGUUUGUGGAAACCCAACCAAGUCUUCCAUACCAAAUACGUCGAAUUGAAGAGUUAACAAAGACAACCAAUGGACAAGUAGAAGCCAAAGUAUCUUGUUUUUAUCGCAGGCGUGAUUUGUCAAAUGCUUUAGCUACCCAGGCUGAUAAACAUGCAUUGUCUGCAGAAGAAGAAAAUGAAAUUGAUGUUGGGACAAACAAUUUAUCUGAUGAGCAGCACCAUCAGCUGAAGCACAGAGAAGUUUUUCUUUCGCGACAGCUAGAAAUUAUAAAUGCAAACACUAUCAGAGGGAAAUGCUCUGUGACACUCUAUUCAGAAGUAGAAAAAUUGAUUGAUUAUUUGUAUGAGGAUGACUGGUUUUAUUAUUUACUGGUAUAUGAUCCACAACAAAAGACAUUGUUGGCUGAUCGAGGGGAGAUUGGUGUUGGUGAAGAGUACCAAGCAGAUUUUUUUACUACUUUUCCUCUAAUUAAAAAAGAUAGAACCAGAAGUAGUCCAUCAUUUGAAGAUGAUCGUGAUUUAUCAGAACUUGAAACUAUGCAAUGGACACCUGAUAAUCCGCUUACGGAUAAACAAGUAGAUCAGUACUUGGUUGUUGCAAGAUCAAUAGGAACAUUUGCAAGAGCUUUGGAUUCUGGCAGUUCUGUAAAGGAGCCAAGCCUUCAUUUAACUGCAGCAGCAGCUUCUAGAGACAUAACACUCUUAAGUGCAUUACUAAUGCUUCAUAAGAAUGAUUAUGAUAUUGGCAAAGCAGUAUCAGCUUUAAUACCUGAUGGUGGACCUAUUUUAUGUAGAGAUGAAAUGGAGGAGUGGUCAUCAGGUGAAGCAGCUUUAUUUGAAGAAGGUAUAAGAAAACAUGGCAAAGAGUUUAUAGAAAUACAACAAGAAUAUUUACCAUGGAAAAGUAUUUCAAAUAUAGUUGAAUAUUAUUACAUGUGGAAAACUACUGAUAAAUAUGUCCAACAGAAACGUCUAAAAGCUCAAGAAGGUGAUAGUAAAGUAACUCAAAUAUUUAUACCAAGCAGCAAUACCGCUAUUAAUUUGACUUUAGCAAUACAAGCAUCAUCACAGUAUCAGGUUAACUCAGUGGGAGCUUUAGUGACACCAAGCUACAUGUGUGAAAGUUGUUUUACUAAGGAAUCUGUUUUGUGGUAUCCUUGGGGUCAAUCAUCUUCACAAUGCAAGCUCUAUUUAUGCAAGGAAUGUUGGGUAUACUGGAAGAAAUGUGGUGGACUAAAGAAAUCUACUAAAUCAACUGAAGCUUCUAGUGAAAAUGAAGCAGUGUACAAAUGCCGGAUAUGUAACAAAAAGUUUAAUCGAGCUGAACGUUUAUCAAGUCAUAUGACGACGCAUCGUGGCUAUGAUUGUAGUGAGGAUGGUUGUGGAAAGACAUUUACAUUAAAAGCUCAUCUAACACGACACCUUGCAAAAUCUCAUUGCAUUUUUCCUUUGGAUAGCAAAAUGAAAGUAAAGACUCCAUUUGUAAUGACUUCAACACCAUUUAUGAAAGUAGCAAGAUAUUUAUGUAAAGAUAAGUUACGUUUACAUCACUUCGCUAGAACACCAACUGAUAUGAUCGAUCUCAUGGAAAUUAAAGAAGAUGCUUCAUCAAAAAUCAACUCUGAGAAUGCUAAAAUAAUAUUUGAAUGUGUCAAAAAGUACAACCCAAAACCAUUAGAUGAAAUCGUCCUAAAUGUCAAAAAGAAGCCAAAACCGUCCAGUUUAAAGCUUAUUUCAACAUCUAUAACAAAAGAAUGUUCUCCAGAACAGCGCAACUCGCCAGUUGGUCGUGUUUCUUCCCCAUCAUUCCAACAUGUAGCAACUUCCAUCACACAAAACUUGAAAGCAAAAACACUGAAAAGUCCUACACCGAUUAUGUCAGGCAGUCAUAAAAGAUCAGCUGAUAGUGAUCAGAAUGAUUACCCCUCUACAAAACGCCAACAGCCGAUGCAAUCUGCUUCAUCGCCUUUGGGGAGGAAAGGGUUUGAAUGUUCAAUUUGUGGCAAAGUUCUUCAUAACCAAAUGAGCCUCCAGCAUCAUAUUCAAGCGCAUCACGAAAGGAAUGGUCCUCAAAUUCAUAUACCGCAAACCGAUCCUCAUAAACGCUCAUUUCAACACUACCAUGAUAUGCCACCACCUGCUGCACAUAAUCAAUAUCAACCUUUUCACAGCACAUCUAGUUACUCUCAUAAAGAUUCGAAUGGUUCACUUGUAUCACACAAACCUAGACUUCCUGUCGGUGCUACAUCACGAAAACAAUCUUAUAAAGGAAUACAGAAUAGAAGAGAUCCUGAUAUGCAAUAUGUUGAUCCACCACAAGAAUUUCUUUUCAAUGCUUCAAAAGAUUCCAAAAAAGCAAGACGUUCUCUUCCUUCGAAAGCUCAAAGAAAAAUUGCUCGAAAGCCUUUUGUGCAAAUAAAAUGCUCUCAAGAACUUCAUGAUGCUAUUGUUUGUAAAAGAUCCUCAGACAUCAGAGCCAAAAGCGCCGAUCCUAUAGUCAUUGAUGACGACUAGAUUUUAUUUACACCAUUUAAGAUCCGAUAUAUAUAUAUAUAUAAAUUCUUUAGGCAGUUAAGUAUUUAUGAAUUUUUUAAAUAAUUUACAGCUUAGCA